GGCAGUUAAUGCAGUCUCAGACUGGGUUAUUAUUCCUGCGGUGUGACUCAGAGGCCCCUUUGCAGAAAUGGUAUUUCAGAGCAGUGCCCCCCUCCCCCAAACUGCGUGCGCGUUUAAGAAAUGUUGGACUUCAUCUCCCAGAAGCCUCAGCCACGUCGGCCAAUAGCCAGGGAUUGUGGGGGCUGGAGUGCCAAAAUACCGUAAAGAGCACUGCGAGUGAUCCCGAAACUCAGGCCUUCCAGUAGGUUUUUUGGACUUCGUCUCCCAGAAGGCUUAGCCACGUCGGCCAAUAGCCAGGGAUUGUGGGAGUUGGAGUCCAAAAGCCCUCCUGAAGAGCAGCAGGCCUUCUUCCUUGGCGGAGGGAGGGAGGGGGCGCGCGCGCCGCCUAGUGGCGGCCUCCGGGGCAUGGCGCUUGAGCAGGGGCCUAGGCGACAAGGGGCGCCUGCCGUCGAGUGGCCGCCGCCUGAGGCGAGGGAGCGGCUGGAAGGGCUGCGGCUUCGGCUCCGCUGAGGCGCCCUUUGUGUGUCUGCCUUGGUCAAGAGCGAGAGGGCGGCGUGCGAGGGAGGGAGGGAUGAGGCCUGGGCCGGGCGCCUCAGCGGAGGAGGCUCAGCCGCCGCUCCUCCAGAAGACGUAGCGGCCUCGGUGGCCCCGGCGCCCGCCCGCCCGCCCGCCAUUCCGCCCCUGCUCCGUUCGAGGGCGGCGGGUGCCGGCCAUUUUGCGUCCGCGGCCAGGAUGCUCCCCAACACGCGGGGCUUCCUGUGGUCGGACCUGGAGACGCGGGCGCUGCUGGAGAUCUGGGGGGAGUCCGGCGUCCAGAGCGCGCUGGACGGCAACUUCCGCAACAGCCAUGUCUACCGGGAGGUGGCCUGCCGCCUGGCCGAGCUGGGCUUCGAGCGCACCCCGGAGCAGUGCCGCAUCCGCAUCAAGGGCCUCAAGCGCCAGUACUUCCAGGCCCGAGAGGGGCUCCAGAAGAACGGCGGCCUGGCCAGGAAGAUCUGCAAGUACUACGACGAGAUGGACCGCGUCCUCCGGGCCAGGCUCCCGGGCCUCGCCGCAGACAGCGCCGGCACCGCCGUCGCCGCGGGCCCCGGGGAGCAGGGCCUGAGCCCCGCCAUCGCAGGGGGAGGAAGAGGAGGGGGGAGCGGGAGCCACCCGCAUGGGGCCCUCAUUCGCGGCGCUGAGGAGGAGGACGAGGAAGAGGACGACGAGGAGGAGGAAGGGGGCGAGGCGGAGUCCCCCCCUCCAAGGGACCCCUUCCACGGAGACCCCGCCGGGGAGUGCUCCUCCUACGCAGGGCACCACGGGGCCAUCAAGGUGGAAUGCCCGCCCUUCGCCAUCCCGCUGCCCCCCGGAGAAGGUUUUAAGCAAAUUAAUGCUCACACCAAUGCACCACCCUUAUUAUCUCAGGCUAAAAGAUCAAAAAAACGGCAUGCAAAUUUAACACUGGACAAAAUGAUGGAGAGAUUUCUGCAACAAAGCAUGGAUACUGAAGAGAAGUUUUACACAUAUGAAGAGCAGCGACUUAAAACUGAGGAAAAACGACGUGAAGCUGAGCAUGCUAGGGAGCUCCAGAUGUUGCAGAUGUUGGGACAGAUGUUAUCAGGAAUUUCCUCUACGGUAUCACAAAGGUCACAGUACGCACCAAGCAAUCCUUCACAGAGAUCAAAUCACCGAUCCUAUGGAGAUAACUUUAACUAUAAUUCUGUGACAACUUUAUCUCCACCUAUAGUUAUAGAAAGAACUUUUUCAAUGCAUAAAACUCAUUCAAUGAAGGAAAUGGAGAAUAUAUUUCAGUUGGUGCGAAACAUUAUUCCUCCUCUAACUGCCAAAAAGCAUAAAGGCCAAGAUGGACGAAUAGGAAUUGUUGGAGGAUGCCAAGAAUAUACUGGUGCACCAUAUUUUGCUGCAAUUUCAGCUCUAAAAGUGGGUGCAGACCUGUCCCAUGUAUUUUGUACCAAAGAUGCAGCCAGUGUAAUCAAAUCUUACAGCCCAGAGCUGAUUGUUCAUCCAGUUCUGGAUAGUCCUGAUGCUGUUCAUGAAGUGGAAAAGUGGCUACCACGAUUACACUCAGUUGUCAUUGGACCUGGAUUGGGAAGAGAGGAUGUCCUGCUUGAGAAUGCUAAGGGUAUUAUUGAAAAAGCCAAGAUCAAAGGAAUUCCUAUUAUAAUUGAUGCUGAUGGAUUAUGGCUUAUUGCCCAACAGCCUUCUAUUAUUCAGGGUUACCCUCGAGCUAUUCUUACUCCAAAUGCUAUGGAAUUUAGCAGAUUAUAUGAAGCUAUGCUUAGAGACCCUGUAGAUAGCAAUGACCAUCAUGGAUGUCUGCUUAGGCUCUGCCAGGUCCUUGGAAACUUGACAAUUGUUCAAAAAGGAGAACGAGAUCUUAUUUCAGAUGGAGAAAAGGUGCUUGUAUGCAGUCAUGAAGGAAGCAGCAGAAGGUGUGGUGGACAAGGAGACCUUCUCUCAGGUUCUCUUGGAGUUCUAGCUCACUGGGCUUUCCUUGCUGGUCCAGAAAAAACAAAUGGUCAAAAUCCCUUUCUAGUGGCUGCAUUUGGAGCGUGUUCACUUACAAGGCAGUGCAACAACCAAGCUUUUCAAAAAGGUGGACGGUCUAUGACAACCUCUGACAUGAUUUUAGAAAUUGGAGCAGCAUUUAAUAAACUCUUUGAGACAUAAGACCAAAGCAGAAGAUGAGUAAGUUAAAACACAACACUGACAGCAGCGGAAAUUAUAAUAGGAUAUCCAUGCAUAAUGCACCCAUUUUCAAGUGCUGUUACCAGCCUUGGUAUAUUAGGUAGCAUUUAUUUUUAAAAAUAGAAAAAUUGUAGAUAUUUUUUAAAGAGUUUGGAAUACAUUUUUUGGCUGAAUAAGCUGUAGUUGCAGAUGUUAUAAUAUAAUAAAACUAAAUUGAAAGUAUUUCCUCUGUUCUAUUUCACAGGUUAUUGAGCAAUAAACUAAGUGUGUACUAGCAGCAAAAUGGGCACUUGAUAUACGAUAUGAAAAUAAACUGAAGUUCAGCACUUACAAAUUCUAUUUAUAAAGAACUUACUGAAUUCAAUGUGAUUUACUCCCCUGUAAUUCUGUUCAGGAUUGUAGCCAGAGUGUCAUUGGUUUCAGUGGAAGGAAUGUUGAUUCUACACUUCUUGAAAUGAACAGGAUUUGAAGGUACUUGACUUUGGUUGGAUUCUGUCAUAAUAUUCUUUCACCACCUCAUCUUAGUUCCUUGGUUUGCACCAAGGACAUCUCAUUUUGUUUUAUUACAGGGUUUCAAAUUCUGCACAGUGAUUGCAUUGCUUUUGAAACAUGCCAUUUUUGAACAAGGACUUCAUGCGAAAUUGCCACUGAGUCCUAGGUAGAAGGGCACUGUUUUUUGCUUCAUGGGAUAGAGAGGGAGGGAUGGGUAUCACUAACCUUUAAAAAAACAGUACUAAAAAAGCUAUAGGAAGUGACAUGUGAAAGUAGGAUUUGUUUAGCUAAAUGUAGUAAAGCUUCAUCUACUGUUCAAAGCUGGUUUAGAACAUGAUAAUUUGGAAAUAAACCAGGCAUGCCUAUGCCAAAAGUGAUCAGAGAGUUAUACAAAAAAGAGAAGGGGAUUCAGGAAAAAUUUACCCUAAGCAGCUCUUGUCAUAAGACCCACAUAGUCCUUGCACAGGUUUAACUGACAGGAAGUGCCCCUCAUACUUUUAUACUAUUGUAAAAAAAAAUCACCUCCUGUUGAUCGUAGUGAUACACAAAUACGUAGAUUUUUUUGUAAUUGAUAUCACCAGCGUAUAGUAAUUGAAGAACAAAAGGCAACGGCACUGCUCUUAAAUUACACAUUAAUGAAGAACAGUUAGCCCAGAACAGUGUCCAGGGUAGAGCACUGGUUUUCAGUCCUCGCUCCUCCAAAUGUUUUAGGCUUCAGUCCUAGCCAGUGUGGCCAAUAUUUUGCAAUUAUGGGAGCAGAAGUAGAAAACACCUGGAAGGUCAAAAGUCAAGGAGCACUGGGGUAAAGAGGUGGUUUUUCAGAGCUCAGGAGAAACAUAUUCCUAGUAUAAUGGCAUAGAGUAGUGGUUCUCAGGAUGUUUGAAGCGUCAGCUCCUUGAAUUCCUGUGCACUAGCCAUAUUGGCUGGAACUCCUGGGAAUGGAAGUCCAAACUGUCUGGCAGAACAAAAGGUCAAGAACCUCAGCAUAUAGCAUAUUAGUAACAGCAUUGAAGAAGAGGCUUUUGGCUGCUUCGAUUCUGCUCUGCUAGUUUUUCUGAUUUGCUAGGUACAACAUUCAUUUUGUAGGAUCUAUGCACUAUAUUUUCACCUAAGAAAUCCCAUCUCAUUAAGUGGUGUUUUUUUAAGACUACAGAGGAAGAUUAUGACAAAAUCCCCAUUAUUUUUACUUGAAUGAUUUGCAGCUUGUUGCUUUCCAUACUUGCAUACUCAGAAACAAGUCCCACUAAAUUCUCUGGGACUUACUCCCAAGUAUGUGUAAGGACAACUGCAGCCUUAGUCUACAGUCUCUAUCUCAAAACUAGCAUUCCCUUUUGUAUAUGUUCUUAUUAGGGUUUGCUACCAUGUGGCCAGACACCAUUUAACAUUACUUUCUUCUUGUAGCCAGACGGUUGCUCUGUAUAAAUUUAUUGUGCUUUCAGCUAACAUUUGGAUGCACUGUGACUACUACCUCAGAACAAUGCUUUUGUUUUAGUUUAUUUUUCUUUUAAUGUAAUGUUCCAUUAGUUGGUUCUAUCAAAAUUCAGUGCAUCAACUCAAAUUAGAAAAAGAAGGUACAGUCCAUGCCACUUGAAUAUAUAAGUGGAGGAUAGCUCUUUGGUUUGAGCCUUCCAUUUACUUUUAGUAUUACAAACUAUGGCUGGCAUGUAUUUUUACCUGAAUGUUCAACUUGGCUCUAACCAGAGUUUACCUAUAUUUAAGCAAAAUAUAUUUAUUUCCAAUGCAUGAUCAGCUUGCAGUGGGGUUGUCAAAUUCUUGGAAGUUCUCAGUUGUGCUCUAAAGUCACUUUGUCUGUGCAGGCACACAAUAGCCCAACAGGACGUUAGAAAGAGAAACACAUUUUCCUCUCAUGUCUUCUAGUCUCUCUCUUUGUCCAGUGCAAAUAGCUUUCAAGUGGAAGGGAGACCUCUAUAAGGACAUGGGAUCUAUACCUACAAUUUUCUGAUUAUUCUGUGAUACUGUCUGCAUACUUGCCUGUCCUGUAGGUAAAGGAAGGAUAAAGGCUUGAGCACAGUAUAUUGCAAUAACAGAGCAGGUUGCUAGAGCUCCCAGUGUUUUUGCAUUACAGCACUGUCUUGUUGGAAUAAAGAGGAUACUAACUGUUGGUGAAAAAUUGUACUGUAGUUACCCUCAGCAAGAACCAUUAGAAAAUAGCUCAAUUAUAAAUUUUAAAAUCUAUCAGUAUCUAAAAGUAGAAAAAUCUUACGAUUAUGCUUGUUAGGGAAACCAAAUCCGAUUUUUGAGUUUUUGAAAGGGAACUAAACCAUCAGUAUAGAGUUGAAUCUGCGUUUUUAAUUGUUACAGAAGUUGAAAACACAUUGUUCACCAGUGUAUCAAUUUUAAAACUGAUUUUUUUGAAGAUGUAGCAGUUUCUUUUUUUCAAGAAAAUAAAGUAUGGCAAAUUAAAAG